CCCACUGGCCCACCCUACAUUUAGCACAUCAUGUGAUCCGGGUUGCCGGCCCUUCAGGACUGGCCUGGAAUCUCCAGGAGCUGGCAUCAAUCUCCAGGAUAUUAAUACAUUUGAAAACAGAAUGUUAAUGCUUGAUGGGAUGCCUGCAGUGAGAGUCAAAACAGAGCUGCUGGAAUCGGAACAAGGGUCUCCAAACGCUCACAGUUACCCAGAUAUGGAAGCUGUACCCCUGUUGCUGAACAGCAUGAAGGCAGAUCCAGAAGAAGACUCCUUGUCCACAGACCAUUUCCAAACACAAACUGAGCCAGUGGACUUGUCAAUAAACAAAGCCCGGUCAUCCCCUAUUGCUGCUUCGUCUUCGCCAGUGUCCAUUACUGCAUCAGCAUCCUCUCCGUCUUCUACUUCAACGUCUUCUAGUCGGCCUGCUUCAUCACCAACAGUAAUCACAUCAGUAUCUUCAGCAACAUCUGCACCAUCAGUAUUAACUCCGGGCCCACUUGUGGCAUCUGCAUCAGGUGUUGGAGGGCAGCAAUUUUUGCACAUAAUCCAUCCAGUACCACCUUCAAGUCCCAUGAACCUACAGACCAACAAAAUGAGUCAUGUACACCGCAUUCCGGUUGUGGUACAGUCUGUUCCUGUGGUCUACACAGCUGUGAGAUCACCAGGGAAUGUGAACAACACUAUAGUAGUACCACUACUGGAGGAUGGGAGAAGUCAUGUCAAAGCACAAAUGGAUCCCCGUGGCCUGUCUCCCAGACAAAUCAAAAGUGACAGUGAUGACGAUGACCUGCCAAAUGUGACCUUGGAUAGUGUUAAUGAAACUGGAUCCACGGCCCUCUCUAUAGCUAGAGCCGUUCAAGAAGAGAGCAUGUGGGGCUGUGCCAGGUCAGCUGUUAACACUUUUCGUUUUUUCAACUCCAGUUCAAUUUCACCGUUUAGCAUUGAGAGCACAAGACGCCAGAGAAGGUCUGAAUCACCUGACUCUAGAAAGCGGCGCAUCCACAGGUGUGAUUUUGAAGGAUGCAACAAGGUAUACACGAAAAGCUCCCACCUGAAGGCUCACCGGAGGACACACACAGGGGAAAAACCAUACAAGUGUACCUGGGAAGGCUGCACCUGGAAGUUUGCUCGUUCAGAUGAACUGACGAGGCAUUACCGCAAACACACGGGAGUGAAGCCGUUCAAAUGUGCAGACUGUGACCGCAGCUUUUCCCGUUCGGAUCACUUGGCGUUACACCGCCGAAGACACAUGCUUGUCUGAAAAAUGCUACCUUGUCACAAAAAGUGGAAGUAACGAGAGCUGGGUCUCUUUUAACUACAGUGAAUUCAGCAGGGCUGAAUCUCAUUCUGAUGGCGUUAGCACAAAAGGGGGCAUUCCAUGUUGUCCCACAUACACACACACACAUACACACACAAAGCAGGAAAUGUAGUGCCACUAUUCUCCCUCUUGUCUGAAUUCAGCUUUCCAGCGUGGGCAAAAUUAUCACCUUCAACUGGGAGAUGAUAGUCUAAAUGCAACGCAGUUGGGCAUUACUUUCCACCCUGUGUCCUUUUCAAAGUAUUUAUGGCUUGUACCUUUUGUCAACCAUCACACUUUUUUUCUCCUGAAGAAUUACUGCUAUUAUGAAGACCGGACGUCACAAACAUUUGAAAAGAACAAGCCGCCUCUUUUUAAAAACAAAUUAAUAUCAAAACACUUUAUAAUAUCACCACACGUGAUUGUUGAGCAAUUAACAAUCUACCAAGCCAGCGAUACGGACAAGAAAGAGGAGGGGUGAAAAUUGAGCUCUUUGAAAGUGAAGGGGUUCCUCAGCACACUUAUGCAAUAAAGAUGGUGGUAUUUUACAUAUUUACCCCUUUGUCAUUAUGCCAGACUCUUAAGCCCACUAUUUUUAAAAUUAAUUUUCUUUUUUUAAGCUCUCUUUCCUUUCUGUUUUUGAUGGAAUCUAUAAAACAGGCAUCUGUAACACUUCAGUAUGAAAUAACCCUUUUUGCAUUCAUUUGCUUAAUUUUUAUUUUUAUUUUUAGGAAGAGACCAUUAAAAAUGUGCUGUCCUGAUUGAACAGUAGAACAUGUCAGACUCACCAUUCCUAAACUCAUGUAUUCGCUUGAGAGUAAGGGCUGGUUUACACAUAUAUAGGUAUGAUUUGAUCUCUCAUCAGUUGAUUGUCAACAGUUGUUAACUCAUAGUUGAAUGUGUGAUCUGACUGUAUUGAACAGUACUGUGUUUGCGAGAUGAUAGAUCAGGAUGUUUCAUGCUGUUUGCUCUGUGAUAGCUUAUUUAUGCAUCCAAGUCCAUCAUUUGAUGCUUCAGUCAGCAAGUACUGAACAUGCAUGUGUGAAGCAGCCCCUUUUCCCACUGAAGAACCUACUUCCAGUGUAAGCAUGCUUAGGGCUGCAUCCUCUUAAGAUUAAGGCUAUGAGUUGCUGCCCCUGAAAGAGAACUGAAUAUGUCAACAGGAGCAAUGUGAAUGAGCUACUUUUUGUUGAGGACUCAAAACAUUCGCCAUUUCCAAAUGCAGAGACUCAAUCCAGGUCAAAUUAAUUGUGACUAAGUCCCAUUGAAAAUAAAGCAGUGGUUUUCUGCAAUACAAACAUUCAGUUCAUUUCAAUAGAACUUAGUCAUUACUAAGUUGUGCAGGGUUAGGGUCAGAGUGGCUACACAAAUGGCCAUGGUGAGGCAUUUCAGGAAUGUGUGGAGUGACUGUCUGGAGCCAAAGAGCUGCUCCAUAUUUAUCAAGGAGCAAUUUUUGUGGAGGGCAUGCAUUUAUCCCAGAGUAAGUGACACUUUAUUUUGGAAUGGUGUAGUUCUCCCUGGCAGAUUUUGCCUAAUAGUUCCAAAAGGAAUUAAAGCCAGAAGUCUAAAUCUCUUCUUAUCAUAACCACGUGGUUUGAAGGUGACAUGACAGUAGGCCUCUUCUUCUUCUUCUUCUUCUUCUUCUUCUUCUUCUUCUUCUUCUUCUUCUUCUUCUUCUUCUUCUUCUUCUUCUUCUUCUUCUUCUUCUUCUC